AAAAAACUAACCCCCAAUACAUUCAAAAUGUUAAAGGAAAUUACUUGCAGUGUGAUGUCAUUAUAGAUAGAAUAUUUACUAAUAUAUUAUGUACUGAGCUAAUGGACCCGAGAAGCCCAACCCUUGUGUAAACCUAAUUCUCCUCUAUUUAAAGAGGGUCUACCUAUUGGAAUAACACACCUCUCUCACUUUCCUACAACACGUUAUCAGCACGUAACCCUAAAUUUUUCCACGCCUCCCUCCUCCAAAUUGCCGCAGCAGUCCGCAGCCUCCCUCCUCCAAAUCGCUGCAGCAGUCUAACCAGCCGUCCAGCCAAGCCGCAGCACCACCGCUGUCCGCCUACGGUCAAUUUCCGAUUACUAUCCAUCGAGACGACUGAUCCAACUCGACCCGAGUUUGACAUCCUGGACUCAGAAGGACUUGAGUACCAUCGCUGGGUUUCUGACAUAGAAACCACUUUUGUGGCUAAAGACUAUUCCGCCACGCUUGCCGACCCUGAGAGUUUAAAAGAUAAUGCACCGUCUGAAAAAAUAAAGGCUGCUGCGUUAAUGUUCCUUAGACGCCAUAUUGACCCUAGCUUACGCUGGGAAUACUUACAAUUGAAAACCCCCAAAGAACUGUGGGACGCACUAAAAGGUCGUUUUGGGAACAUACAUGACACAUUGCUCCCCGAACUGACAGUGCAAUGGAAUGAAAUCCGCUUAGUCGACUACAAAAAGAUCAACGAUUUUAAUAAGGACAUGUUACGCCUCAAAGCGCGCCUUAAUUUCUGUGGUAAACCAAUCACAGAAGAUGAAAUUAUUGAUAAGACUCUCUCCACUUUCCCUACCUCAGCACUUAUACUAGCGAACCAGUAUAGGUUGGAGCAUAAUAACAAAAGAAUAACCACAUUUAAUCAGUUAAUUAAUUUUCUCCAAGUUGCUGAAAGACAAAAUCAAGUUCUCUUGAAUAACAAUGCCAGACCAGUUGGGACAAAGAAAAUUCCCGAGGUCAACUAUGGCAAAGCAAACACUGGAAAGCACCCUAGUGGAAGAGGAGAGGGUCGUACUCGAGGAAGGGGGCGCAACCAUCGCGGCGCGCGUGGAGGCCGAGGUACGGGCCGUGGAGGAUUUUCCAAAGUGUGGAAGAAAGAUACAAGCGGCGGGACCAGUGGUCAAACUAACAAGGCCCAUAAUGCACCAUCAAAACCUCCAGUCAAACGAGACCGAAUUGGGGAAGAACCAUGCUACAAAUGCGGAGUUUCAAGUCAUUGGUAUAAGAAUUGCCAAACCAGUAAUAGAGUUGCUGCUGCCUACAAGAAAUACAGAGAAUCAAAGGAGCAUGAAUCUCAGUUUGUGACAGACGAAGGAAAUGAGGUUGAUGUUAACCUCACAGUGGCGGAUUUUGGUGUUAAAAAUAACACCACCCAUUCGGUCGAUGCACCGGACUUUGAUUAAAUUUCCCCUAUCCCAC